AUGACUUCUCUCAUCAAACUCUGUCCCUUCUACACCCGGGACCCCUCGGUGUUCCUGCGGUUCGCCCACCCAAUGAUUCUGCGCAGUGCAGAGCGCUGUCCAGUCAUGGUGACCCGCGCCUUGGCUACUUCUGCCAAUACUCAGCAGAAAGUCAAGGACACCACACUGUCGCCUGGAGUCUCUUCUGGAGCCUCCAGUAGGCGCACCUUGGCACAAGCCGCUCCUCAAGCUGCCACGGCCAACACCAAGUGUCCUUUCAUCGAGACAGAGAUGGAGAAAGAAGGCAGUUUCAUCGUCCAGAAAGCUGGUCCUGAGGUUCAAGAGGAUCUACAGGCCUUCAAGAAAGAUGCUCUUAGUUCUCUGCUGUAUGAAGUCAAGUCAAACCUGAGGAAGAAGUUCUGUGGUGACUCCCCUAAAAAAGUUAACCUUGGAACUGGAGCUCCUCUCAUUCCAACUCAUCUGAUUAAAGAAAACAUGUCAGGUGGAGCUGCCUUUGGCUACGAUGAGUUCUUCAACCGGAGGAUUGAGGAGAAGAAACAGGACUACACGUACCGGGUGUUCAAGACUGUGAACCGUAAGGCCAGCGCUUACCCGUUUGCUGAGGAUUUCUCUGACCUCCAGGGAAAAAAGAAGGAAGUGUCCGUUUGGUGCAGCAAUGAUUACCUGGGCAUGAGCAGGCACCCUCGGGUGAUUAAAGCUAUUUCGGAGGCUCUUAAGGAGAACGGAGCAGGGGCAGGAGGAACUAGGAACAUUUCUGGCACCAGCAAAUACCAUGUGGACCUGGAAUGUGAAUUAGCAGAUCUGCACCACAAGGAUGCGGCCCUGCUCUUCUCUUCCUGCUUUGUUGCCAACGACUCCACUCUUUUCACUUUGGCAAAGAUGUUACCAGGCUGUGAGAUUUACUCGGAUGCAGGAAACCAUGCCUCUAUGAUCCAGGGCAUCCGGAACAGUGGUGUGGCAAAAUACGUCUUCCGUCAUAAUGACCCUGCCCAUCUUGAAGAACAGCUCCGUAAAUCAGAUCCUAAAACACCCAAGAUUGUUGCCUUUGAGACUGUCCACUCUAUGGAUGGUGCGAUCUGCCCCCUAGAGGAGAUGUGUGAUAUAGCACACAAAUAUGGCGCCCUGACAUUCGUUGAUGAAGUGCAUGCAGUGGGGCUGUAUGGGGUGCGGGGCGCGGGAGUAGGAGAGAGAGAUGGCGUCAUGCACAAGAUAGACAUCAUCUCAGGAACACUGGGGAAGGCGUUCGGCUGUGUGGGUGGCUACGUGGCUAGCACAGCUGCCCUCAUAGAUACAGUGCGCUCCUACGCUGCCGGCUUCAUUUUUACCACCUCCCUGCCCCCCAUGGUGCUCGCCGGAGCAUUGGAAUCUGUGCGCGUCUUGAAAAGUGAGGAAGGGCAAGCACUGCGCCGUGCCCACCAGCGCAAUGUCAAGCACAUGCGCCAACUGCUCAUGGAUGCUGGGCUGCCCGUCAUCAAUUGCCCGAGCCACAUCAUCCCUAUACGGGUUGGCAAUGCCGCACUGAACUCCAAAAUCUGCGACCUCCUUCUGUCUGAACACAACAUUUACGUCCAGGCCAUCAAUUACCCGACCGUUCCCCGCGGAGAGGAGUUGUUGAGGCUGGCUCCCUCCCCACACCACACUCCUGACAUGAUGAACUUCUUCGUGGAGUGUCUGGUUGAAACAUGGAAGGAAGUUGGGAUGCCAUUGCAGUCGCCGUCCGCUGCCGAAUGCAACUUCUGCCACCGCCCCCUGCACUUUGACCUGAUGAGUGAGUGGGAGCGUACAUACUUUGGAAACAUGGAGCCAAAAUACAUCACCAUGUACGCCUAAGCCCGCAGGGAGAGCCUCAACACACCGUCUACAUGUCUACUGUCCACAUUGGCCAAUACCAAAGUAUUCAACUGCUAACUACUCAGCUGUCUGUUGUGGUGAUGAUGUCACUGCACUGCACUGAUGAUGUCACAGAAAUCGUCAGUGCAGAAUAUAGGCCUGUACUAGCCGGGGACUGGCGGAAGCCAUAGCCCAUUAGCUUGCAUUGGUCACAUCCAACGGCAGCUUGUACAGUAUACGUCACGAUAUAGUGGAAGUCAGUGUAACUAUAACCUGACAUUUAGGGUCCAUUCACACGUCCGUGGUGCCUUGCGGAUCCGCAAUACACCCGGCCGCACCCCCAUAGAACUGCUUAUUUUUGUCCGCAAUUGCAGACAAGAAUAGGACAUGUUGUAGUUUUUUCCGGAGCUGCAGACCGGAAAA